AUGUCGCCAAAACCAUCAAGGCCCCGAAAGAUCAAGAUCCGACGAUCCGCGUCAGUGCCCUCGACUCCUAUUGCACCUGCACCCGGGCCAGUAAGAACACCAGCAUCGCACAAAUCGCCACUAAUCAACAGCCCUUCAGGAUCGCCAGCGUCGUCCUUGACAUCGGACGGAAAGUCCUCCGGGCCUUGUACGCCGACUCUCCCUCAACGAGCUGCCAUUCCGCACCAGCCACCGAGCUCCGGCCCAUCUACACAAGCCGAUACAGCAGGCAAAAUCGACGCCGACAAGCGGCCACCACCGAGCAAGUCGUAUGCGUAUGUCAAAGAUGCUCCAAUGCAGCCUUGCGAGGCAGACAAGCUGCCCCAGUGGUACGAGGACUGCCUCGCUGUCGCCAACAAGCACGAUCUGCUGUUGUUUCCUGUGCCACUCUCAUCGUGGGAAGACAGACAGCUGCACGGCAAGACUUCCAAGCUUGACACUGGGCUGCAAUUCGUUGUACCCAGCUACGUCGAUGCGCCCGCGACGAAGAAGGAGGUGCUGGAUCUGCUCGACAUCUUGCUAGUCGAAGAGAGGACCUUGCCGAACGCAGGAGCGGCUCCUCAGGCCACAGGGAGUAAAAGCAUUUGGUCGCCGAGGGACGAAGCAGCGGAUAUAUCCUCGGAUGACGAGCCGCAUCGCCCAGCAGCGUCGAGCGACGAAUCUAACGACGCUCCGAGCAGCAUUACCCCUCCUUCCUCUCCUCCACCUAUGGUUUGCACUCCAGCACAGCCGAGCAAUCAGACAACACCUCCCUCGCCACCUCCAUUUCAAGGCUCUCCACCGAUCGUGCAAAGUGUUGAGAUCAUUGUCGAUGACGAUGACGACGACGGCGACGAGAACAUGUCAGAACCAGAGCCCGACUUCUCCUGCGACUUCUUCCCCGACGCCCCGAAUCCUUCACAAGACCUAAACGUGUCACCGUAUCGACACAAGGCGGGACGCGACCGAUUCGAGGCAUUUCUCCUCUCGCCUUGCCAGUGUCACCUCUCGCCUGCACCUCGAUUCGGAGCAUCAUUGGCGCGCUCUAUCGAUGUCCCCUUCGAGGAAGAGAAGGCCAAGUCGGAAGAAGCAUUCUGGGACGAAGGCAUGCCGGAUGUGCUGGCGGAGGCUUCCCACGAGAUGGCGCUCGACGAAUGCCUGCACCUGGAGCAGGUCUCCAUGUUUGACUGA